UGCGUGUCCAGGUGACGUAUGCAGACGUGUCAUCUCAAAACUGCCAGCGCACUCGUUUAUAUCGUUUCAUUUCUCGAAGCCGUGCGGCAAAUUCAUUACCACAACUAACUGUACUCGACUGAACACGUAGUGCAAACAAAACCCUUCUAAAAUGCCUGCACCAGCAAGUUCUACUUCCGUGGGUGCCAACAGCAGGUCGCCCUCGAAGGCCGUAGCUCCCAGAUCUUCCACUGGAGGCACUGUAAGACAGAGGAAGUCCACAACAACCACUUCAACGUUCUCUAAAAGAAAUCCUGGAGCUGCCAGUGGUAUGUGGAGAUUCUACACUGAUGAUUCCCCAGGCAUCAAAGUGGGACCAGUUCCAGUUCUUGUAAUGUCUCUCUUGUUCAUUGCUUCCGUGUUUAUGUUGCACAUAUGGGGAAAGUACACCAGAUCCUAGAUUAAGUAUAAUAAUUUAUCAUUCCUUUAAAAGUAAUAUUAUUUAAUUUAAUGCAUUUUCAUAUACAACAUUUUAUAUUGUUAGGUAACUGUAUCAAAUACAUUUUUCAUAAAUAACUAAA